UUAGUCUGGCUGAAAAAAGACAAAAGUCCAUCCAGUUCAACCUUUAACCACUUCCCGUCCGGCCCAUGUACAUAAACGGCCGGACGGGAGCAGUGCAGGAGCGGGUGACCAUUUAUAAAUGGUUCCCACAUUCACUGCCUGUAUGCUCUCCCUCCGGACACAGUGGAACACCGAUCGCUGUAUGGGACCUCUGUGUGAGGUCCCGAUUCAUGUGAUCACUGAUUGGCCAAUCAGUGAUCACAGGAACAGUAGUAAACAAGAUGUCACUUCCUGACAUCAUUGCUUACUGCGUGUGAAAUCUGUGAAUGAUCGCAGAGGGCACAUGGUACAAGGC